AUGUCGAAGCUGCAACGUAACCUCGCCAUCACAGUCGGCAUCGGGGGCCCUUCGUCCGCCGGAAAGACAACACUAGCAGAGCUCCUAGCCACCGCGCUACGCGGGGCCCUCACCACCGCCGCUCAUCGGCGUGCCCACGCGGGCGACGACGCCCCGGCCCCGGCGAGCGCGGUCCGCGUGGUCCACCAGGAUGACUUCUUCCUCCCCGCGGCGCAGCAGAGGUGGCCGCUGAUCUCCACCGCCGGGGCCCGUCCCGUGGUCGAUCGUGACCGGGUCGAAGCCGUCCGCUUCGAGGAUCUCGAGCGGGAGCUCUGCCAGCCCAUCAACCACUGCGGCGGCACCAUCACAGGCCAGCAAGGAUACCAGAAAGAGAUGGCGGCUGCGGCGGCCACCCUUGCGGAACGCUUUGACGCCGUCUUCAAGCAGGGCGUAACCUCGUGCCAGAUCAGGAUUGUUAAGGGCAACCUGGUGCUAGCGCGCCGGCCGGCCGAGGGUCGACUACCUGCGUCACAUGACGAGGUCACCCGAAUGUUUGCGAUCAACGCACGAGCUGCCCAGGAUCGAGUCAGAGAGGCAAUGGACGUCAAGCUGUUCCUGUCGGUACCAUUCGAGGUGGCAGCGCUGCGGCGAUUUUCUCGGUCCGAAUACCGAGAUCAGUCACCUUCUAAUCCCAAAGGGAGGACCCCAGAGCAGCACUGGAGGCAAGCCUGGUACUUUGAACACGCAUGGAAAAACCACGAAUGGUAUCACUCGAAUGUACCUGCUGCAUGGGUACAGCCGACGGAAGUUUCAUCGACGGAAGACACGCUGACGUGGGCUGCUGGAUUGGUUGUAGGUGCUAUUCCCAAGGAUUGA